UGAGAUUAGCGCUAGCCCUGUUUACAUCUCGUGACCUAUGACGAAAAAUUGAGUUGGCCUUAUUAUUUAGCACUAACCUCUGUUAGAGUCCUGAUUGUCCAAUGACUACGUAAAUAUAGUCGGAUAUGAGGCAUGUCAAACGCGACUACAUUCGUAGAUCUCCGUUAAUCACGUGACAAUAACACAAUGGCGAGAUACGAGAACGUGUUUAUUUUAGGAAAGAUUAGCCAAGGAAGUGUGGUCUGCUAACAGAAGCGGUAUACAACUUUAUUUACGGUUAUGAAUUUUUAAUAUGAGGAAGUAAGAUUUUAACCUCUACAAAUGGCUGAUAAUCCUUCAUGGAGAGCAUCUGUAGUGAAAUAUGGCGUUUGUUUCUAUAACUACGAUGGUAAUAUAAAAUCAGGCCUUCCUCUACAGAUUGGUACCUGUGUUCAUAUAUUAGAAGAAUUUGGUCAAAAUGUAGGGAAAGAGUUUGAAGCAACAUGGUAUAGAGGUUACGCCAUACAGAACAAGGAAAAAAAGGGUAUAUUUCCAGCAUCUUAUAUUCAGCAAAAACCAUGCAAGGUUGAAAAUAUAGGUCGAUUUGAAACUAUAAUACCUAUAGAAGACCCUAUAACUAAAGAAGUUACAUUUGUAUUAAGAGAAUGGGCGGUAAUAUGGAAGAAACUCUAUGUGAAAAGUCAUUCUUUGUUCAAGAAUAUAGAGAAAGUAAUGCGCGAGUUAAUUGGUUAUCGUAAAGAUUUAGUGCACAAUGGGAUAACAGAAGAUCAGUUAAACGAUGUCAAAGAUCAAAUCAUCAUGAGAAUAGAUUGGGGAAAUGGGAAACUUGGAAUGGAUCUGGUACCGAGAAUAGAUGGAGAACAGUUAGAAACAGAUAACCAUAGUAUUGUUGAUUUAUACAGAAUACACUGUAAAAGUGUAGAAAAUAGUCAAGGUACCUGGCCACGAAGACAAACGAUAAGAAGUAGAAACAGUAAAGAAAAUAAAUCGUCUUCGAUCCACCAUUUACUGGUUAAAGUUGAUAGUUUUGUUUGUAAUGUUGGUGAUGAAUCUGAAGUUUAUGUGUCUUUGUUUUGUUCUGGUGAUAAUGAAUUUAUAAGUGAGAAGUUCUUACUACGAUAUAAUAAAAAUGGAUGGCCAGUUCCACAGACCAGAUCUGAUAAUUACUUUGGAUUAUUUCUGGAUUUAUCUGAUGAUGAUUUACAGAAAGAUAUUUAUCUUGUAGCUCAGAUAUACAGAUUAGGAGCCGUAUUACUACUAUCUAGUGAACAGGCCUUAAAAGGUAAAGUGUUAAUAGAUAAUACAAGUAAAAAAACACCUGCAUAUAAAUACAGAAGGCCUUGGGGAGGUUCAGUGUUCUAUUUAAAAGAAUUUUUGAGAACGAGAGAAGGUCAAAUUGAUCAAAAAAAUUUCCAGUUCAGGGUUCAAUGUUGUGCAGAUAGUGAAUCAUCAAUUAGUCAACUUCAUGAAAAUCUCAUUAAAAAAUAUCAGAGUCAAGCACAAAGCAUUCCCAAAGGAUCCAGUGCAGAUAAAGCAAAUUCUGGUAUAGCUGUGACUUUACAGUUGUUUGAUGGUGAUCUGACAGCAGUAAAGGGAGAGAACCCAAUUCUCUUUACAAAGGACAUAGCUAUAGUUCAAAAACUUGGUUUUUCUGACGUUGUAAAUCCUGGUGAAGUAAGAAAUGACUUAUAUAUAACCAUAUGUUCUGCUGAGUUUGAAAGAGGAAGUAAGAAAGCGGCGAAGAAUGUUGAAGUUGAUGUAACAGUUUAUGAUGAAGGUGGUCAUAUAAUUCCUACUUGUAUUGACGGCGGUUGUGGUGAAGUUGCUUUAACUGUCUAUAGAUCAGCUGUAUUUUAUCACCACAAUAACCCAAAAUGGAAUGAUAUAAUAAGGUUGGCUAUACCUAUAGAAAAAUUUACUGGAGCUCACAUUAGAUUUGAAUUUUAUCAUUGCUCAACUCGUGAUAAAAAUGAAAAGAAACUUCAAGGCUUUUCUUACUUACGUGUAACAGAUAAAUAUUCUCGUAUGUUAAGAGAUGGUGGUCAUGAAUUGUGUAUAUAUAAGUGUGAUGAUCCCAGAAAGAUAAAAGGGUAUAACAAGCUUCCAACUUAUCAAGAUGAUUUCUUAGAAUAUAGAGAUGCUGGCAUUAAUUUACCUUUUCAACGAAACUCAAAAGAAGUUUGUUCUGUUUCAACGAAACUGUGUUCUACAAAAUUUACGCAAAAUACUGGUUUAGUGAGUAUCUUACAGUGGAUGAUAAACCAGGAUAAAAUAUCAGAAAAUUUACGCAAUGUUAUAUUUAUACCAUCACAAGAAAUAGUCAAGUAUCUUCAAGAUAUUUUAGAUGCUCUAUUCAGUAUGUUUGGUGCCAAAAAUGGUGAACGGGUUCCAUUUGCUCUAGAUGUCUUCCAUGCUUUGGUGCAUAUUUUCCAUAUUCUUGAAGAUAAUAUUUUUGAGAAAUUUCAGUUUGUACUUCAGUCAUACUUAACGGAAAACUUUUCUCAUCCGUUAAUCCACAGGGAUUUGAUGUAUUGUCUUCAAGAGAAGGUUCAAUUGGCAGCUAAAUUAUCGGAUCCUAGAACUGAUGUUCCGGUCGAAAUAGUCUUUCAGGUUUUGAAACCAAUAUUCCAGUUUACUGUAAAUUCAUGUUCAUUGUUUAAACGUUCUUAUGGUUCUGAUAGUGUUGAUCCGAAGAUAUUCAGGAAUAUAUUUCAUACAUUUAGUACGGUGCUACAAUCAAAAGAUGAUAAAUUGAAAAAGGCACAGGUGAUAUUAUUGAGUGAAUUACAUAAAAUCUACAUUCCACUUCUAACUGUGAUAAGUAAAAAUGAAUUAACUGGUUUACUGGUUGAUCUUGUCAAUCAUAUAGCUCGGGAUUCUAAUAUAGAAAUCGUGGAAGCUAAAACACUUCUUAUGAAAGAGACAAUCAACUCAGAUCUAUUCGAUGAUGAUGAAUCAAGAACCAUACUGCUGCCAUUAUGUCUAGCUCACAUUAAAAAAUGCCUCAUCCAGAAAGCAGCUUUAUCCUCCACCGCCAAAACGUUAGGAGAUCUUUUGGAUAAACUUUUUACUUUUAAACAGAAAUCAAAAGGUCAUAAUGAUAUAGGUCAGGUUGUAUUGGCUGUAUUUGAUGUAUUGAUAGAAUCGUUAUUAAAUAUGGAAGUAUCUCAUAGAGUUAAUUUUGGUGGUUUGUUGAUUUCCUGUUUAAUAGAAAUGUUACGUAUUAUGGAAGAUAGCCAUUAUGAGUCUCUACUUUCAGCCUAUCCUAGAGGCAGACCACUCAAGGACUUUUUGAUUCGAAUAUUUUUGGUUUUUCGUGACCUCAUCAGGCAAGAUGUCUUCCCACCUGAUUGGACAACAAUGAGAAUGACAACCAAUCAUUCCAUUUUGACAGCUAUUCAGUAUUUAGCACAGUCUCUUUCAGACUGUUUCCUUACCAAAGAACAGUUUGAUAAAUCAAUUUGGAGCAACUACUUAGAUCUUUCUGUAGCCUUCAUUACCCAGUCUAGUCUACAGUUAGAAAAAUUCUCAAAAGCCAAACAGCAAAACAUCAGAGAAAAGUAUCAAGACAUGAGAGUUGUUAUUGGCUUUCAGAUACAGACUUUAUGGAAUUCCUUAGGAGAACAUAAAAAACACUUCAUACCGUCAAUGAUUGGUCCAUUUCUAGAAGUAACGUUAGUACCGGAAAAAGAAUUACGUAAAACUACUCUACCUAUUUUCUUUGACAUGAUGCAGUGUGAACAUAAACUUAACGGAAACUUUAAUCAGGUUGAAAGUGAAAUCAUUGAAAGACUAGACGAAUUAAUAACAUCGAAUCUAGGUGAUACUGAAUAUAGAGAACUGUUUAAAACUAUAUUGUUAGAAAAAGUUCAAACGGAACCGUCAUUACAAGAAGAUGGUAAAAGGUUUGUGUUCUCUGUGACAGAUCUGCUGGACAGAUUACUAGACUAUAGAGAAGUUAUCGAUGGAGAAGAACACAGAGAUAAAAGGAUGCAUUGCACCUUCAACAUUCUUAAUUUUUAUAAAGACAACAUCAAUAGAGAAGAGAUGUAUAUUCGAUACAUCACAAAACUCUACGAACUUCAUCUGGCAGCAAAUAAUUAUGUCGAAGCCGGAUUAACUUUACAGUUAUAUGCUCAACAAAUCCUUGGUUGGAAAAAUGAAGAAUUCACAGCUAAAGGAUCGCGUUAUCCUAGUCAAAAAGAAAGGGACAAGAAAGAAAGCUUGUACCUGGAGAUUAUUGAUUGUUUCGAUAAGGGAAAGGCCUGGGAAUAUGGAAUACCCUUAUGUAAAGAGUUAGCUCAAUUUUAUGAAACCAAAAUAUUUGAUUAUAAAAAGCUCAGUAGUAUAUUGCAAAAACAAGCCACAUUUUUUGAUCAGAUAUUGGAAGGUGCUGCAGUUCGACAAGAUCCAUGUUAUUAUAGGGUGGCUUAUUAUGGUAAAAGUUUCCCUCCUUUUGUCAGAAAUAAAGCGUUUGUAUAUAGAGGUGAUGAAUGUUUAAAGUUAGCGACUAUCAUGCAACAAUUAACAACAGAAUUUCCUAAUGCUACAAUACUCAGUUCUAAUAGUCCACCAGAUGAUAGUAUUAAACAGGGGGAAGCUCAAUGUAUCCUUUAA